ACAAAAACAUUUUUCACAAUAAGCAAGAGUUGAAAGCUUGACCAAUAACAGGCUAGUAGUAUAGUUCCCCAGUGUGUGGUUUGUCUAUAAAUUGAAGAGUCCUUUAACACAUUGACAGGACAAGAAACCAAAUUGAAGAGAAAAUGAAGCAUUUAGUAAUUGGUUGUGCCAUGUCAAUGGAAAAGCAAAAACACUACAUUGCUAUGCUCAUCACACAAGCUAUUUUUGCAGGCAUGGCUUUGUUUUCUAAAGCUGCAAUAUCUCAAGGGAUGAACCCUUAUAUUUUUGUUACUUAUCGUCAAGCAUUUGCUGUCGUCGCCUUAGCCCCCCUCGCUGCUUUCUUCGAGAGAAAGACUGCUGUUGCUUUAACCUACAACAUCCUGUUGAAAAUCUUAAUGAUGUCAUUACUUAGCACUGUAAGUUUGAAUCUCUACUACUAUUCCAUACAUUACACUACAGCAACAUUUGCUGCAGCCACAACUAACUUAAUUCCAGCCAUAACAUUUUUUAUGGCAGUACUUUUAAGAGUGGAAGCUCUUUCAAUAAAGAAGUCAUAUGGAAUGGCAAAAUUCUUGGGUUCUUCAAUUGGUGUAAUAGGAGCUUUGGUGUUUGCCUUGGUUAAAGGACCACAUUUGAACUUCAUGAAUUUGUCCAAAGAGAACACAAGGGGAAAUCAUAGCUCAAAUUAUGGUUGGAAGGAAGAGUGGUUAAAAGGUUCACUAGUCAUGAUUUUAGCUAACAUAACAUGGUCUCUGUGGCUCAUUUUACAGGUCCGUAUUGUAAAACAAUAUCCAGCAAAGCUACGUCUUGCCACACUAUAUUGCUUGUUUAGCUGGAUACAAUCUUCAGUUUGGUCCAUGGCAAUGGAAAGGAACAUAUCAGCAUGGAAGCUCAAAUGGGACAUCAAUCUUUUUUCAGUGGUCUACUGUGGUGUGAUUGUUACAGGCCUGACAUAUUGGAUACAACUUUGGUCAGUAGAGAAGAAAGGACCAGUAUUUAUAGCCAUGUUCACUCCAUUAUCACUUAUCAUAACUGCCAUAAUAUCAGCAUUUUUGUGGAAGGAAACACUUUAUGUGGGAAGUCUAUGUGGAGGAAUACUGCUAGUUGGUGGGUUGUACUUGGUCCUAUGGGGAAAGAAUAGAGAAGCAGAGAGGGAAGCAAAUGAUCAAAUAGUGGAAAUCAAGGGUGGAACCACAGUAAUUUGAUAGGACAACAAAAUAUACUACUCCCUCUGGUCCAAUUUUUAAAAAAUAAAAAGAGAUUUUUAAAUAUUGUAAUUGAAAAAUUUAAGAUUGUAUAGUUCUUUAAAUUUGUGGACUUAAACUUAUCAUGUAUUAAAUUAUUUGAAAUUAAAAAACUUGACCGAUAAAAAUAAGACAAAGAAACUAAUGAAGUACAGUAAAUAUUUGGUUACAUUAUUUAUAUAUCUAAAAGGCAUGGCCAGUCCAAUAUUUUAUA